CUCCGAUACAAGUUAAAUACGAACCACCCCUCCCUUCUCACUUCUCUCCAUAGUCAGUAGACUCCAUACUCUCUCGAUGUCGAUCUCGAUCUCGAUCUCGCUCUCGAUCUCGAUCUCGAUAGUGUACUCUACAUUUCUCUUUCUCUGCCUGUCUUUCAUUCCUGUUCUUUGUUUGUGACCAAGGUUGCUGCAACUCUCUGAAAGCUUUGGAAAAAGGGUAGCUGUACGAAACUGCUAAGAACAUAGCAACUACAAGUAGUAAAGUGAAAGAGCUUUUGAGAAGAGGUGGUCAUGGCAAGAGAACAACUAAAAGUGCUUAAUGCACUUGAUAUAGCCAAAACACAAUGGUACCAUUUCACUGCAAUUAUAAUUGCUGGCAUGGGCUUCUUCACCGACGCCUAUGAUCUCUUCUGUAUCUCUCUUGUCACCAAAUCGCUCGGCCGCAUAUACUACCAUGAUGAUCAUUCAAAAAAACCCGGCAUUUUGCCACCAAACGUGGCAGCCGCGGCCAAUGGUGUCGCCUUUUGUGGUACGCUUGCGGGCCAACUCUUUUUCGGGUGGCUCGGUGACAAAAUGGGCCGCAAAAAAGUCUAUGGCAUGACCCUUAUGCUCAUGGUCAUUUGCUCAAUUGCCUCUGGUCUCUCAUUUGGCAAAGACCCUGCGGCUGUUAUGGCCACACUUUGCUUCUUUCGAUUCUGGCUUGGGUUUGGCAUUGGCGGGGAUUACCCGCUUUCUGCCACCAUAAUGUCCGAGUAUGCUAAUAAAAAGACUCGUGGAGCAUUCAUCGCGGCCGUGUUUGCCAUGCAAGGUUUUGGAAUUUUGGCCGGUGGAAUUGUUGCCAUUAUAGUCUCUGCUGCUUUUAACUCCGCUUAUCCUGCCAGGCCCUAUUUCGAAGACGCUAUUGGCUCUACCGUCCCCCAAGCUGACUAUGUUUGGCGGAUAGUUGUGAUGUUUGGUGCUGUACCCGCCGCACUAACGUAUUAUUGGCGGAUGAAGAUGCCUGAAACAGCCCGUUACACCGCCUUAGUGGCCAAGAACGCUAAACAGGCCGCUGCUGAUAUGUCCAAAGUACUCCAAGUCGAUUUAGAAGUGGAACCGGAAAUAAUUGAGAAGAGAAGAGGAAACGAUUUUGGGUUGUUUUCGAAGGAGUUUUUGCGACGCCAUGGGCUACACUUGCUUGGAACCACUAGUACAUGGUUCUUAUUGGACAUUGCUUUCUAUAGCCAGAACUUGUUCCAGAAGGACAUUUUCAGUAAAAUUGGGUGGAUUCCUCCUGCAGAAACGAUGAACGCCAUCGAAGAGGUUUACAAAAUCGCCAGGGCCCAAACUCUCAUAGCUCUCUGCAGUACCAUUCCUGGAUACUGGUUUACUGUGGCAUUAAUUGAUAGAAUCGGGCGAUUUGCAAUUCAAUUAAUGGGCUUCUUCUUCAUGACAGUGUUCAUGUUUGCCUUGGCCAUUCCUUAUGAUCACUGGACUCAUAAAGACAACAGAAUUGGGUUUGUGGUUAUGUACUCACUCACCUUCUUCUUCGCCAAUUUCGGUCCAAACGCCACAACUUUUAUUGUUCCAGCUGAGAUUUUCCCAGCAAGGCUGAGGUCAACAUGCCAUGGAAUAUCAGCAGCCGCUGGGAAGGCUGGAGCCAUUGUCGGGGCGUUCGGGUUUUUAUACGCUUCUCAAAGCACGAACCCCAAUAAGACUGACGCUGGCUAUCCAGCGGGCAUUGGUAUGAAGAAUUCACUCAUUGUUUUGGGUUGCAUCAACUUCUUUGGUAUGGUGUUCACUUUCUUGGUCCCUGAAGCAAAUGGAAAAUCAUUGGAAGAAAUGUCACAAGAGAAUGAGGAAGAAAGUGAAUCAGCAACAGAGAUAAGGCCACAGAAUGGUGGUCAUGAUAUUAGGAAAGUUCCAGUUUAAUUAUUUUCUUAAUAUAUCAGAAAACUAUCUUAGAUUGCAAUAAGUCCCUCAGGACUAUGCUUUUCUAUAUUAAAAUCUGGUCUGUGUUUACAUAUAGCUAUGAUAGAUUUUGAAAGUUGCUCUUUCUAAUCAACAAUCAAUGAAGAGUGCAAAGGGAAAACUGCUGUGUUUAUUAUUUCAUAGUGUACUAAUAGAGAAAGUGAUUUUAGCUGUCUCAAUUGUUGUUAUCUUGAUAUUUAUUGUAGACAUUAUGUUGAAUUUUAAGUAGUUGGAAGUGGUAAAGUUAGAAGAAAUUCAUCUGUCAACAAACAUUAUGAAGGAAUGCAACAUCAGGGGUUUUGCAAACUCUGAAG